GAAAAUAGUUCUUCGGAACAACUCGGAAAUGCUUGAUUGGUACUUAAAUCCACCUUUUUCACCUAUCAUAAAAGUUUAUGUGUUCAACUAUACAAAUAUUAAAGAGUUUAUGUCAGGAACAGAAAAGAAAAUUAAAAUAACAGAAGUUGGUCCAUAUGUAUAUGAAGAACCAUUACAAAAGAUCAAUGUGCAAUACAAUGAAGAUAGGAUUACUUAUUUUGAAAAUCGAACUCAUAGAUUCAUCCCAGAAAUGUCGGGACUACUUUUAGAAAACGACACAAUCAUUGCACCAAAUAUUCCUUUAAUUAGCGCCAUACCUAAUGUAGCAAAAUUAUCAUUUUUCUCAAAAGUCGGGUUCAAUACACUUUUAUCAAUAACAAAACCCAAAGAAUUUCAAAAUAUAAGCAUCAAAGACUACUUUUUUGGAUAUAGAGAUGAAUUUAUGAAUUUAAUUAGCAAAAUUAAAUGGGAUUUUACUCCUGAAGAUGUUGGAAUACUAGCGCCAAGAAGAGGUGCCACAAAAAAAAGUGUAACAAUUAAUUCAGGGUUAAAAAACACAAAUACUAUUGGAAAAAUACUUGAUUUUGACAGAAAAACUAAACUCGAUUUAUGGAAAACAGAUGAAUGUAAUGAAUCAUUGCCUCUUGAAUAUAGUAAACAAGAAGUAAUUUAUGGAAAUAUUCCAUCUUACUACUAUAUUGCUCCAGAAAACACAUUCACAAAGCCAAAUGAUCAAAUUAAAAAUAAAUAUUACUGUGAGCUGAAAAGUGUUCAACAAGAGCAUGUAAAUGGAGUAUUGGAUGUUUCAGAUUGCAUUGAUGGUUCUCCGCCAAUUUACGCCUCUCAUCCACAUUUUAUGGAAGGAGAUGAGAAGUUAUUUAGUCAUUUUGAGGGCCUUGCUCCAAACAAAUCGCUUCAUAAUUCUUAUGCAUACUUACAUCCAAGAUUUUCAAUACCGGUUUUAGGAACUUCACGUAUGCAAUUAAAUCUAAAGUUAACUCAUCAUAAAAACUAUUAUAACCACUAUCCAAAUGAAUUGAUACUUCCUUUAGCAUGGAUAGAGACUACUUCAGAUAUGAUUCCCGAAGAAUUUAAAUUUAAGCUUUACUUAUCGACAGUUAUUGUUAAUGAUGACAGUUUCCUUCUUCGUUUUCUUCGUGUGAAAAAGUAUAUGAAUGCUUCAGCAUUCAAAAUGCUAGAAAAUUUUUUGAUACGCUCACAGCAAUACCAUCAAUGGUUCUGCAAUCUUACCCUUAAUAAUGAUAGAAUGAGAGAGCUUUACGAAAACGCUUACAUUUUUCCACUUAAAGAACGUGACGAAAACGGCUGUCGUGUGAUUAUGGUGCGUGGAAGUCAGAUUGAUACGAAAAAAUACACAUUUGACGAUGUUGUUAGAAUGUUGAAUUUUGUGAUUUUAACAUUGUUGGAAGAAGAAGAAACACAAAUCACUGGAUUCUCUUAUAUUUUUGACCACAAAGACAUUUCAUCAGACUACAUAUCUCUUUUUUCUUUAUCUGAUGUUAAAAACUAUUUAUCUUGUGUGCAAAAUGCUCUACCAGGUCGUCAAAAGAAAGGAAUUUUAAUUAAUUUACCAAGUUUUAUUGCAAAACUUUUAGAUUUUGUAAAAGGCUUGUUAAACAAGAAAUUGAGAGAUCGUGGAUAUUUCUAUAGUGAUGAUAUUCAAUUGGAAAAUCAUAUUGACAAGAAAAUCUUACCAAGUGAGUAUGGAGGUCAAGUGCCAACAAAGGAAAUGAUGGAAGAAUUCAGAAAAAUUGCAGAAAAUUAUCAAUCGAGACUUCAAGCAACUGAUGGUAUAAAAAUUGAUAUGGAAUACGUCAAGAAGUGUAACGAUAAUGAAAUUGAAAGCUUUCGGACAUUAGAAAUUGAUUGAAAAUUUGAUCUUCUUGAUAAGUAUAUUGAAUUCAAUUUAUUAUGUAUCUGAAGUUAUUAUUUUUUAAAAUACUAUAUCAUUUAUGUACUAAGUUUUAUAUCUGUAUCACUUCAAACGGGUCAUUUGAUAUUAAAUUUUUAUUGCACUGAAUUUGUAUUUAUAUUACCAAUCAAUAUUUUUUGUUAAAUGUAAAAUUAUUGGAGGAACAUAUUUAUUAUUUGAAUAUAAUAAAAAGCGU